CAGACGCUUCCCUCAUGUAUCAAUGCGGGAUUGAAGGGAAACUUCUUUUGGGAAGUGCGGGGACUACUUUGGGUCGACUUCGGAAGGGGGGAGCACUUCUAACGCACGGGGCCACGAGGGGAACGCGACUUCCCACAAUACGCGUUUAUUCUCUCAACAUGUUGUGACAAAUCGCGCGCUGCUUCGCCGCGUUUCACCGCGGGAGCUUUGUGUGUGUGUGUUAGUGUGUGUGUGUGUGUGUGUUUUUACUACGGCGCGGAAGGAUCUAAUUUUCUCAAAGCGAGGGUCGACACAUCCGCCCAGUUUUCCGAUGUUUCACCCCCCCUCCCCACUCUCACACACACCCCUCCUCCUCCUACUCCUCCACCUCCUCCCCUGAGUUGAAAAUGGAGUUCGAUUAAAGCAGAUGUCCACCAACUUCUCCAGGAGAUUCAAACACCGGGACGUCCUCGCGUCUCUCGGCCCCGGCCCAGGCACAGAAAGCGGUCGGAAGGGGGCUUGUUCUUUGUGUCCUCUGUCUCCCGGCGGUUCUUCGGAUGCCUUUACCGCAGAUUCCUCGGACACGUUGACGGAGCAACGCCGCACAGCGCUUUUUUUUUCUCCUCCUCCUCCUCCUCCUCCACCACCUCCUCCUUCCUCCUUCUCUCCCCCCCUCCAAGUGUUGUCCUGGACCUGAAGUUGGCGAAUGGAUGCUCGCCAUAAAUAACCUGCCGAACACCACAGCCUGUCCCUGCGUUUUCUAGAGGAUCUAUGCGCAUAAUUUUUUUUUUGGUGUGUGUCUGUGUGUGAGGUUGCGCGUGUGUGUGUGUGUGUGUGUGGUUGCAAAACGCGGAGGGGGGAGAUCUGCGAUUUGGCCCGGAGAGGAUGGUGCCCACGGCCCAUUUGUUGUGGUGGGAUUCUACUUCCAGGGAGGACGAGAUGAAUCAACGGUUGUCAUUCCUCCUCGCGAUUUAACGUUAGUUCCAGCCAGCGAGGCUAACGCUAAGCUAGCUCCCUCUCUCUGGAGGCUGUCCCCCCCCCCUUCACACCACCACCAGCCCCGACCCGACCCCUCUUCCUCUCCCCUCGCCAGGGACGCUUUUAUCCGGGCAAUGCCCCAUCACUCGUCCCCCUCUGUCCACCACCCGAAAUAAAGAGAGUGAUUUGUACAUGCGGAGGAAAAUGGUGAUAUUCGUGGUGUUCUGUCCCGCCGUCACUGCGCCGUCGAUGCUAUUGCUAGGACUUGGAUCCCCGUGAGGAAAAAAAUGAGUGAAGAUUCAACAAAUCCAAACAACGAUGACAGUUAUGCGCGUGUGAGAGCAGUGGUCAUGACUCGGGAUGACUCCAGCGGUGGGUGGCUUCCCCUGGGGGGCGGAGGCCUUAGCUGUGUCACUGUGUAUAAGGUCAGCCGGGCGGAGGACAGCGGCAGCACCCACAGUUCAAGCAGCGGAGGAAGCAGCAGCAACCUCGGCUCCUGUAGCCCCAGUUCUAGUCCAAGUCCCAGCCCCAGUCCUAGCCCGACUGCUGUGGAGUUCCACAUCAGGGGCGAGAGGCUCAGAGACAAAUUGGUGGUCCUGGAGUGUGUCCUACAGAAAGGCAUUGUAUACAACAAGGUCAACCCCAUCUUCCACCACUGGAGAAUCAACGACAAGAAGUUUGGACUGACCUUCCAGAGCCCCGCUGACGCCCGUGCCUUCGACCGAGGCAUACGCCGGGCCAUCGAGGACAUCAACCAAGGAUGUCGGCAGUUUGGGGAAGGGGACAUUCCUGAGGAUGGACUACCGGUGUGUGAUGAGCCUCCCUCCUUCUGCACCCCAAUGAAAGAGCCAUUUUCUCCCCUGAACAACGUGGUCUCCACCGAGCCGUUCAGGGGCUGCUACGUCCGCGCCCAGCCCUUCGACGAGUUCCCCUGCAGCAACCGCCGCUACCUGCCUCCACAGGUCUCCUUCAAGUCGACUCGUCACGUCAGUUUCCACAUGGACGAGGAGGAGAUCGUUCGCAUCAACCCACGUAAGGACGUGCUCAUCCGUGGCUACGAGGACUACCGCCACCCUGUCAUGUGGAAACAGGACGCGGACCGCGAGGACCUCGACUUCCCCAACGCCUUCCAAAAACUGGACAGUAAGAAGUGCGAGUACCUCUUCCCCGACGGCCCCGGUGGGGACUCCCACUCUGGCCCUGGAAUUGACACAGCCAUCAAGACUCAGCCCUCGUCCCUAUUGAAGUCUAAGAACGGCCGGCGGCGGCGAGAGGACGGUGAGCGCUCGCGCUGCAUCUACUGCCGGGAGAUGUUUAACCACGAAGACAACUGGCGGGGGCAGUGCCAAGAUGCCCCCGACCCAAUCAAGCAGUGCAUCUACAAAGUCAGCUGCAUGCUGUGUGCCGAGAGCAUGCUGUACCACUGCAUGUCCGACUCCGAGGGCGACUUCUCAGACCCCUGCUCAUGUGACACAACUGACGAGCAGUUCUGCCUACGCUGGCUGGCCCUGGUGGCGCUCUCCUUCAUCGCACCCUGCAUGUGCUGCUACCUGCCGCUGCGCGCCUGCCACCAUUGUGGCGAGGCCUGCCGCUGCUGUGGGGGCAAGCACAAGGCUGCGGGGUGACCCGACUCCGGGCUCUGGGACACCCUCAAAGCUAGCUAACACAGGAAGUGGAUAAAAGCGGAAAAUUAAAAGCCGUAUCCUUUUUUCAUUCCCCUCUCAGACGGGUGAUAUGUUGUUGAUCCCCAGCUCUGAGGGCUUUUGGAGAUUUCAGUUUGUGUUUGUCGCCGACAAGCAGCGGUGGAGGACAAACCAUAUGCUUUGUGGGGGCUCUGAGCAUCAAGCUAAGUUCAAGGAGCUUAAUCUAAGGAGAGGAAGAGGAAACGUCAAGAUUAAUAGACUUGGAGAUGUUACUAAACACAUCUGUACACACACACACACACACACACAUACACACACACGUGCAUUGAUGGAGCCAGGCCACAAAUAUCAGAACUCUACUACAAGUCAUGUGUAACUUUAUGAAGGAAAAUUGUCUUUUGUACUGAGAGCAGCAAAGUAACCACAAAA